AUGGACGACGACAACUCUUUAGAACCAAAAAAUAAUUCAAAAAUGGCAGAGCUCUUCAUGGAAUGUGAAGAAGAAGAGCUGCAACCAUGGCAGAGAAGAGUAGAAGAAACCAGGGAUGAAGACGAUGAUGAACUGAUCUUUGUUGGAGAGAUCUCAAGUUCAAAGCCAGCCAUUUCAAAUAUUUUGAACAGAGGUAACUCCAGCAGCUCAACAUCAAAGACAAUAAAGAGUGAGACACUAAGUCAAGAUACGCCUAAAAGUUCACUAUUAUUAAAACGUCCUUCUAGUUCUGAAGUGAACCCUGUUACUCCAAAAAAGCCAAAGAUCAAGGAAAGUAUUUCUGACAUGCAUACCUCAACUUCAGUGACACCUUCCCAUGUUAUGCCAUCACAAGGUACAAAUACCUCAGCAAGUCAAAAUAAAAUUGGAACACCUUUUCAAAGAGCUUGUCCAAAUUGCAAUGCUAAAUUUAAUCUUUUGGAUCCUCUGAAAUAUCACAUGAAGUAUUGUUGUCCAGACAUAAUAAAUAACGUUUCGGAAAAUAAUAAAGCUGAGCUUUCAAAUGUCGAAAACAAAAAUAAGACUGAUUCAGAGAAAGGAAAACUGAUCAUGUUGGUGAGUGAUUUCUAUUAUGGGAGACAUGGAGGAAGAAUGGACCAAGAGAAGACUUACACAACCUUUAAGUGCUUCAGUUGCCUGAAAGUUCUUAAAAAUAAUAUUCGGUUUAUGAACCACAUGAAACACCAUUUGGAAUUUGAAAAGCAGAACAGUGAGAGCUGGGAAAACCAUACCACCUGCCAGCACUGCUACCGCCAGUACCCCACACCAUUCCAGCUGCAGUGCCACAUCGAAAGCACACACACCCCCCAUGAAUUUUCUACUAUUUGCAAAAUCUGUGAAUUGUCAUUUGAAUCAGAACAUACUCUUUUACAACAUAUGAAGGACACUCAUAAGCCUGGGGAAAUGCCAUAUAUUUGCCAGGUUUGCCAGUAUAGGUCGUCUUGCUUUUCUGAAGUAGACACUCACUUUAGAACAUUCCAUGAAAACACUAAGAACUUGCUGUGUCCAUUUUGCCUCAAAGUGAGUAGAAUGGCAACACCCUUCAUGAAUCAUUACAUGAAGCAUCAGAAAAAAGGAAUACAUCGUUGCGCAAAAUGCAGACUCCAAUUUUUGACAUGCAAGGAGAAAACUGACCACAAGAUACAGCAUCGUACAUUUUUAAAGCCUAGAGAACUAGAAGGAUUGCCCCCUGGGACAAAAGUUACUAUUCGAGCUUCACUUGGACAUGGUCAGUCACAACAAAGUCAAUCAACUCCUCUUUACAGUAGUACUACUCCGAGCACUUCUCUGCAGGUCUCACCUCCGAAUUCUAAAACUAAAGCCACUAAAAAUACCCCCAAAUCGACUACUGUUGGCAAGCAAAAGAAACCACGCAGCAGAAAAAGUAAAAUCAGCACAGCUCUGAAGAACCUAAGGUGCCGCCGAGGUGCUUAUGGCUGCAUUGAGUGUCGUUCCAAAAUAAAAGAUUUUGCAAGCCACUUUUCUACAAAUGCCCGUUGUAAUGUUUGCAAAUACAACACUAACUGUAACGAAGCUUUUAUAAAUCACAUGGUGGGGUCUCAUAGUAACCAUCCAAGUAAACGGUUUUGUCUUUUUAAGAAAAAUUCCGGAACUUCCAGGGGCAUUACUCUAGUGUGCCUUAACUGUGACUUCCUAGUUGAUUCUUCUGCCUUAGAUCUUAUGGCUAAACACUUAAGUCAACGUAAAACUCACACUUGCCAAGUUAUAAAAGAGAGCGAACCCUGA